AUGCCGUCCAACAUCCAGGUCUUCGUGAAAUGGAAGGACCAGACAAUCUUCGCAGGCGAAAACGUGGAAUGCACAAUCACAUUCAAGAACGUGGCCGAGACCCCGUCCGACGCCAGCCAUGGAAGUGAAGGGGCUGGCCAACACCAGCGGAAGCAGUCUCGAGUCGCGAACCACGCCGGAAACUCCAACUCGGACUCCUUCUUCUCAUUGAAAUCCUCCCAGAGUCUCUUUUCUGGACGGCGAUCCUACUCCAUCAGCUCACACAGAAAGCCUUAUCACCGAACGACCUCAUCCUUGAGCACCCCACCCGUUGCCUCGCACAGCUUCCCGCCGACGAGCAGCAGCCCCUCUACCCCUCGCAGUUGGCAACCUGGUCACAGCCACAAACGAUCCGUCUCCAUUCUAUCAAUUGAGAGCGAAGGACCGUCCGAGAAAACACCCGCAACGCAAAACUAUGGCAGAGGAAGGCCUGCCAGGGGUCAUGGACGCUCAGCCAGUCUUCAGAUCACACCAAGGAGGAAUGACAGCUAUGACGAUUCUUAUCGAAAAGGUAAGUCUACUCGAAGCUAUGCAUCGCGGAUGCGAUCGAAGAUGGAAGCUUACAAUGCACGACAUCCAGCGAGCCGAAUGCCCAUGCGCGGCCCUCCCCUCGCAGAAGUCCCCAACGAGUCAUCCGCGGGCGGGCUGCGAGUCGAUACUGCCCACCUUGGACGAGCUAACCGCCCCGGAUCUUCUGCGAAUAGCCCAAUUGGGCCUGUCGAGCCUUUGCGAGGCCCAUCGCGAAGACCCCAGCCUCCCCCCUUUGACUUCAAGUUCCCAGCGGCUCCUCCACCCGCAGAGCCACAUACUCGACCGGCUCUGACUCCUUCCCCCAAAUCGGCUGAACGGGCUGCAUCUUCAGGCAAGCCGACUUCAAAAGAUGGAUCAACACUGCCUGCGCCUUCGCACCAACAGCUCACGCGGGUCAUUUCGGCUACAAGUGUGAAUGGGAGCAAUCGGAGCAGUGGUGAAUUUUACUCAAUGAGCGACCAUUCCAGCGAGACUUUGGGUUCGGAAUAUACGAAUUACUCAGUACAAUCGGGACGCCCGCCCCCUCCGCCUGUUCGCCAUGGACGGCAUUAUUCGAGCGUGGUUACCCCUACAACCUACAAGUUCACAGACAGCCAGGCGCUGCUGAUGGGCUACGCGCAAGUGAGCGCAUCGUUCACAGUCGACGGCUCCCUCGUCAACCAGUCAGCCUUCGACGAAGUCAAACGAAAAGGAGUUGUAGGAGGUCAACUCGGAACUGGCGGACCUCCAGGGCGCCCAGGGUCAGCUAGCUCUGAGCGCUCCCGCAAGGGCGGUGGUUUCUGGGGCGCACUGAGGUGGAAUGCCAUUGAGGAAUCGAUUAAUGGGCUUCUGUCAAACAACGAGCUUGAUGGUCUGCGAGAGAUGCGUGGAGUGUCAUCGUCGCGAUCUAUUCCCUUGUUGUCCACCCCGCAGUCGCUUCUCUUCGUCGAUCUACGGCUAUCACCAGGGGAAGAACAGUCCUAUACUUUCUCCUUCUCACUGCCCAAGGGACUCCCGGCGAGUCACAAGGGAAAAGCUAUCAAGAUCUCCUAUAACCUGGUCAUUGGAACUCAGCGCCCUAGUGCCACAAACGAGGCUCAGCGAGUCAAUCGGAUCAACAUCCCGUUCCGCGUGUACAGCGGGGUGAAUGACAAGGGAGAUAUCCUCGGCCAUGAUCUCAUGUCACCCUAUGUGAUUUUGCGUGACGAGGCCAAGGUUCAAAAGGUUGGACCACAGCCGCCAGUGAGCAUGAAAAAUCAAAGUGUGAGCAGUAACUGGAACUCUGCCGGAGAUUUUCUUUCUUAUGUGGAUGAAAUUCUUGAGCAAAGUGCUCGCUCGAACUCACUUUUUCCGCCUGGCGCUCUCCCGGAGAGACGAGCGUCGAGCUACGAGGGAAUUCCCCACGGGCUGUCCUGUAAAGAUAUCAUCGACUUUGCCAUUCUUCGCAGCAACCAGGCUGUACACUCAAGGCGCAGCCCCAACCGAUUUGAGAUCGCACGCGAUGGGCAAAGGAUCGCUGUUGUUGUCCUGAACCGCCCAGUUCACCGGCUGGGCGAAACCAUCAUCGCGAAUGUUGAUUUUGGCGAGGCGGCCAUCCCUUGCUAUGCCGUGCGUGCUUCGCUUGAGACUUCUGAAAAAGUGACACCGACCCUCGCCGUUCGAUCUAACGCAAGUAUCCAUCGAACUACCCGGAAAAUCCACGCGUCUCUUUUCGAGAACACGCUUUACGCGACGCGGGUUGUCUUCAGUCCAGCUAUCCCUGUCUCUGCAACGCCCACAAUUAUCACCACGGGAGUGACAUUGGACUGGGACCUGCGCUUCGAAUUUGUCACCCCCAAUAUGCAUGGGGAACAAGCCCCUAGCACUGCGCCUUCUGGAACAUCCCUGCUCGAGAUUUUGUCCUCCGAUGACCGAGGUAAAGUGAUGUCUGCGCUGGAGUACCUUGGCUGUGAAUCGUUCGAGAUCUCCAUUCCAUUGACGGUUUACGGUGAAACUGUUCGGGAACAGCUACCGGAGGAGAACCAGGGGUACACCAUCUAA